CGAUUGGCCGCAGUGCAAUGGCCUAAUUGGUUCCGAGUGCUUCCUUCUUCCACAUGCUUAUUUAUUUGCGCUAUUCCAUGGUUGGUUGGGCUAAUGCAAUCCUUGAUUGAACAUCAGUUUGAUUGGUUUGUACCGUUGUAUUUUAACCCUGAACGUUACGGUAUGGAUUCCGACUGGAUACGGUAUGAAGCAACCGGUACUCAUACGUACUACAUGGUCUGGAAUGUGGUACUAAUGGUGAUGCCAUUUCCACUAUAUGCUGCAGCUCUUAUGACAUUAUUUCGAAGGCAGGCAGAGAAAACGAUCAAAGUUCGCCAAAGGCAUGCGCGUGGUGUGCCGCCCUCAUUAUUAUCCGUUCAGCGACAAAUGAGUAUUGAAUCUCGCUUACUAAUCCCGUGCAUUAUCAAUACCGUACUAUUUGUUGUGGGACAGAUAUUCAUCUCAAUGUGUUCAAAACAUGGAAAAUGGAUGAAUUGGGCGGUAAUGGUGGUUUUCACCGCCAACUCUCUCGUCAAUCCACUGCUGUACCUGUUUUUCAGUAGCGUGAUACGAAAAGGUGUCAUAACAGCAUGUCGUGAUCGACUCACAGUAUCAGCAAUCUACGACUAUGAGUUGCGAUCAUCAAGUGGCGAUCAAAGGAGUUCGCUUAUUCGUAUGAACCGUGACCUAACCAUUACUUCACUUAAUCGGGUUUUGAAUAUCAUUCCCUAG